AGACAAAACAACCUCACUGAAACAUAAAGCAGAACCAAGUGCAGCGCGGUGAAGUGAUCGGAAGGCAGGUGUGUAAUGUGAUUCUUGUGACAAGGCGCUCAUUCUAAAUCAAAUAAAUAAGAAGCAACAUCCGACGUAUGUAAAUGAAAGAAAAAUGCUUCUGAAUUACUGUAUACCCAUCUUCGCACUCAUUACCACAACAUACCAACAAUCAGUACUAGAUGGCCUUGUCAAAAUCGUCGUCGAAGGAGAAGCACAAACCUUUCUGGAACCACGAGAUGAACCAAAUAUCCGUUCAGAGUACGAUUUUAUAAUUGUAGGAGCAGGCACAGCUGGAUGUGUCCUCGCAAACAGACUGUCAGAAAAUCCAAAAUGGAACGUUCUACUUAUUGAAGCAGGUCGGACCGAAAACUACCUCAUGGAUUUGCCCAUCCUCGCCAACUACCUCCAAUUCACUGACGGCAACUGGAAAUAUAAAACCAUGCCUAGCAACCGCUUCUGUAUGGGUAUGGACAACCAACAAUGCAACUGGCCGCGUGGAAAAGUCAUGGGUGGCUCAAGCGUACUCAAUUACAUGAUCUACACUCGCGGCAACCACCGCGACUUUGACAACUGGGCAAAAAUGGGCAACGUAGGCUGGUCAUACAAAGAUGUUCUGCCCUACUACAAAAAAGUAGAAAACUUCAGCGUUCCAGACUCACCACAUGAAUCGUACCAUAACCAAGACGGGUAUUUAGAUGUCAGCUAUGUGCCAUACAAGACGAAAAUCGCGGACGCCAUCAUUGAAGCAAGCAAACAACUCGGGCUUAAGUACGUCGAUUAUAAUGGACCCACGCAAGUGGGAGUAUCCCGAUUGCAAGUCACCAUGAGGGACGGAGUAAGAGCAAGCUCGAGCAGGGCAUAUUUGCAUCCUAUCAGAGAGCGACCAAACCUCCACGUGAAAAAGGAAGCCAUGGUUAGUAAGAUCUUGAUUGACCCUAAGACGAAACAAGCUCUUGGUGUCGAGUUUCACAAACAGGGAACGAAGUACGUGGUGAGGGCCACCAAAGAGGUGGUGGUGUCUGCUGGGGCCGUCAAUUCUCCGCAGCUGCUUAUGCUCUCGGGGAUUGGUCCCAGGAAACAUUUGACUCAGAUGGGCAUCCCAGUUUUGUCAAAUUUGAAAGUCGGAUUCAACCUCAUGGACCACAUAGCCGUUGGAGGAUUGACCUUCCUCAUCAACAAACCCUACUCUUUGAACACCGAAAGGAUGAUUUCUGUUGACAAUAUGCGAAUGUAUCUAAAUUACCACAAGGGUCCUUUAUCGAUACCAGGGGGUUGCGAGGUCUUAGUCUUCCAUGAUUUGAAGAAUCCUACGGAUCCAGACGGAUAUCCCGACAUCGAACUCCUCUUCAUAUCCGGUUCCAUAGUUUCUGAUCCUCUUCUCCGCAAAGACUUUGGAAUAACCGACGACAUCUACAACGCCGUCUACAAACCUAUCGAGAACUACGACACCUUCAUGGUCUUCCCAAUGUUGAUGCGUCCCAAGAGUAAAGGAAGGAUCAUGCUCAAGAACAACAAUUACAAAACUAAACCUUACAUCUUUCCCAACUAUUUCGCGUACGAUGAAGACAUGGCAACAAUCAUCGGAGGUGUACGCUUGCUCUUGAAUAUUACCGAGCAACCAGCACUAAAAGUAUUAAACACAAAAUUACACGAUAUUCCAUUACCACAGUGCAGCAAGUUUGGAUACGGUAGUGACGAUUAUUUCAACUGCAUGGCGCGUCACUUCACGUUCACAAUUUACCAUCAGAGUGGUACGUGCAAAAUGGGACCUUCUAGUGAUAAAAGGGCUGUAGUGGACCCCAGACUAAAAGUGUACGGAAUCAAGGGUUUGCGUGUUGCCGACGCUUCGAUUAUGCCUGUAAUUCCGGCAGCACAUACGAACGCUCCAACGUUUAUGAUUGCUGAGAAGGCGGCAGAUAUGAUAAAAGAAGACUGGAGGAAGAAAAGUUAAGCUGUGAUUCAAUAGUUAUAGUUAAUUGUUGUAGGUGUACAUAAUGUAAGAAAUAAAAACAAUAACAAGCAAA